AUGCCGUCGUUCACGCUUGUUACUCCCAAGCGUCCUUCUAUCCGCAAGGGCAAGAGGGCCGUGCCACUCCCAGCCUACACCAUCUAUGCCCAGGUGGACGAGACCGUCGUCGCUGCCGAGCCCAUCCCGGUCGGCCACGACGUUGCGCCGCGCUACGCCGACGCCCAAGUCGACGUCGAGUCGCCCCCACCCUACGCCGCCGAGCACGACCUGCCCCCUUACGAGCCUCUUGCACCUUCGCUCGAGCGUCUCGACAUCUACCGCUGCGGCGGCGAGGUCUGCCCCGCCUGCUCUGCGGGCACCCACUGUGUCCGCCACCCGCACGUCGGUUACCCCGAGGAGAUGAUUGCCCGCUGCCCGUCGCUCGCCCACUUUGGCACGGCAUGA